AUGCGAACUCUCCGGAAGAUCCAGUCGCAUCAGGUUCUUUCAUCGAGUACCUCUGGAUCCCAUGCGCCAGAUUCCCGGCACUCGAAUGCGCGCACAUCCGCUGGCUCCGAAGACUUCUCUCUGACUGACUCGCCGCGCAGCGUUCGGACACAUCGUCGGGCACGAUCCAACAGUGAUGCGGGAUCUCGGGAGGCCGCUGCCAAACAGACUCUGAAGCGACCGGCCAGGAAAACGGGGUCUGGAUUUGGGAUUAAGAGGUCGGUCUUGGAGACGGUUUUGCGGGAUGGGCCGCAAAGUGGGAAUACUUUGGAGGGACUUGAAGAAUUGCGAUACCUUGUGUUAUCGACGAGGGUCGAAGCAGACGCAGAUGGAAUGUCGUCAUACAGAAUCUACCUGUGGUUGGCCCUACUCAAUAUACCCCCCGUCCCGACAGACGAAUACCUCUCCCUCAUCCACCGGGGUCGCUCUCCAGAAUACACCAAAAUCCGCAAUGAUACCUUCCGCACCCUAGCAACGGACCCCCUCUUCAAACGCCGCGUGACAGAAGCAAGUCUAAUCCGAUUAUUGAACGCCGUAGCGUGGAAGCUGCACGACGCCAAAAAGCCCAAAUCGCGGCCAUCGUCCGAAUCGGCGAUUUACGUGCAGGGCAUGAAUGUCCUCUGCGCACCUUUUCUCUACGCGGCCCGUAGCGAAGUCGAGGCCUUUGCGCUCUUUCACUACUUUGUCACCCGGGAAUGUCCGGGCUAUAUCCGGGGAGCCAUGGACGGGGUACACAGGGGACUGCGGCUGGUGGAUAGGUGUUUGGAGAUUGUCGAGCCCAAACUGGCGGCCUAUCUCUUCUCCAAGGGCAUGCAGGCGGAACUCUACGCUUUCCCCUCCGUCCUGACUCUAUGCGCCUGCACUCCCCCUCUCCCAGAGGUUCUACACCUGUGGGAUUUCUUAUUCGCAUACGGACCUCACCUGAACAUCUUGUGCAUUGUCGCUCAGCUGAUCCGGAUGAGAGAUACCAUCCUCGAAAGCCCAAGUCCAAACAAAAUCCUCCGUUCCUUCCCUCCCCUCGACGCAAAAGAGAUCAUCGCCUUGACCGUCUUGAUCGUCCGCAAGAUACCCGAUCCUCUCUAUGCCGAGCUGAUAGUCCAUGCCCAGUAA